AUGUAUUUUUCGUUUUUAUUCCUCAGCCUUUGCAUUAUCGGUUUUGUACCAAUCCAAGGUGUAUUUCGAGUUUAUUCUGUUCAACGAGAACUGAUUGAUAGCAAUCAAAAUGUUAUACAAAUUGAAAAACGAGCACUAAUCUUUGAAAAUAAUAACAUAACAAUCGGUACAGUUGACCCUUGCUCUCUUUGCUCGGAUUUCUUUGAAUAUGCAAAAGAGCUUCUUCAUAAAGCAGUGGCUUUCUUCUCCAAUUCGACAACGUUGCACGAAUGUGAGCGUCGUUUUGGACCUUAUGCAGUAUCACAUCCUGUUUGUUUACAAGCUCUUUCUUUACUAGCUCGAUUUUCUAGCUACGUUGGACAUGAACUCAAUUCUACAGUCAUUUGUCAAACUGUAAAAGCUUGUGUUUAA